CACGGAGCUCGAUGCGACAAGAGCCACACCUGACGAGCGCGACCUACCUGCCCACAGUUUACCGCACACCAGCGCGGCAACAUGGGGAUCUCCGGGUCCAGUCUGCUGGAUGAGAACAAAUCCAAUUUUAUCAAAGGUCAAGCGCAGCAGGAGCUGGAUGGCUUCAGCGUGCUGUAUAAGCAGCAGUACUCGGUGGAGUACUACAACAAGCUACGGGAUGAGAUGGACGAGCAGGAGGAGCACAGAACACAGCUGCUCAAACAAAGGGAGCUCCUGAAGGAAGGGGAGGUGCUGUACGAGGAGCAUGUGCUCUACUUCGAUGACACCAGGAAGUGGCGGGAACGCUAUGUGGUGGUGCGGGCCAAUUACAGCCUGGAGUGCCACGAAAGCUACGAGACGUUCGUCAAGGGCGUGCCGGCCCGGCACAAGCUGCUGCCCACAGGGGGGGUGGUGCUGACCACGGAGGAGAAGUACAUGGCCCUGGUGGACCAGUGUUUCCCUGACGCCAACAACGAGAAGGAAGACUUUGCUCCACCAGUGAUCGGCAUGCCUGGCCAGUUCCCCGUGUACCUGCGCCUGCCCUACAGGAGGGACUCCUACUUCUGCUUCAAACAGGAGGCCAGGCAAACGGGCUUCCUCGCCAUCCUCAACGACUGCAUACGCCACCAGAACCAGGACUUCCUGAAGAAGGGCACGGUGGAGGUGAAGGCGUUCGUGCGGGCGCUGCAGCUGCACAGGCAGCAGAAAGGCCAGUACGAGUCCUGGGACAUGCUGAUCGGCAGCGACGCGCGGGUUCUGUCCAACUUAUUGAUGAAUGAGUUACUUCCCUCUCUGGAGAAAGAGAUGCUGCCCAAGCUGAAGGCUAAGAAGACGGAGAGGAAGAGGGUGUGGUUUGCUACGGUGGAAGCUGCCUAUUUGCUGAUUCAGGGCCAUCUCCUGGAGGGGCUGACUGCUCUGAAGGAGGAAUGCAAGACCAACGCCAGCCAACAGGAGGUGCUACUGCGCUCAAACAUGGACCAGAUCACCAGCUCCAAAGCGUUCAUGCAGAACAAACUGACAGCCAUGGUGACGGCUCCAGCGGAGCGCCACUGCUCUGAGCACGUGCAGCCGUUCCUGGCGUCCGUGCUGGAGGAGCUGAUGGAGCCGGUCAGCUCGGGCUUCGACGAGGCGCGGCUACUGGGGGCCAACACCAUGGAGGAGCUGUGCCAGACCUUCCAGGAGGGCGUCGCCAAGGACGAGCUCAAGACGGCUCUGGCUGAGAUGAGCAAGGCGAGUCUGCAGACGUGCUACCAAAGGGUGAACAGCCUGCAGGACCAGCUCAAGGAGCUGCAGCAGAGGUUCAACUACACCAACGUCAUAGGCCUGGUCCACAGCACACAGAUCGACCUGCAGCAGCUGAUGGAAAAUAUGACCUACACUUUUGAGCUGCUGUUACUGAAGGCUCUAGAUGACAACCCUGAGAACUGGGUACUGGCCAUGGAGAGAGCAAAGAACAGAGUUCUGAAGCAAUAUGACUAUGACAGCAGCACGGUGAGGAAAAGGAUCUUCCGCCAGGCUCUGAUAGACAUCACUCUCCCCAGCAUGAAGAGGAACCUGGCCCCCACCGUCAAAGACGAGCUGCCAAAGUUUGAGCAGUACAUCUUUGCUGACCAUGCUCCAUUCAUCACUGUUGAGAAUGUCUACGAGGGCAUCCUGCUGCAGAUCCUGGAGACGGAGGUCUCUAAAGUGGUGAAAGAGGCCGUCAGCAUGAAGCGGUACAACCUGAUCUCAGAGAUGAGCAGGGAGCACUUCAGCCAGUCCAGCACCUACUCGCUGCGCUCCACCCCUCCCGGCUCCACGCCGGGCAGCCCGGCCAGGGCGGGCAGCCUCCUGAGCCGCCAGCCCCAGCCCACCUCACCCCUCCUGGGCAACGGCACCGAGGGGAGCCCCUGCUUCAGCGCCCCCUGCAGCCCCGUCUCGGAGGAGGAGGACGAGAGCAGCCCGGAAGCCAAGCCGGACGCAGCAGCGUCUCAGCGGGCGGAGGUGGGAGAGACGCUGGCGCCCGUUCAGGUGAACAGUCCGGCCGGGGAAGGCGAGAGUCCCGAUACAGCCGGUGCCCCCGCGACAGAGGCUGAGCUAGCCACCGGUCCCAUCGCAGAGUCUGUUAAUGCGACGACAAAGGACUCUGUGGUAGAGAGUGUGACACCGGUACACGAUGCUUCUGUAACCACGGAGACAGCCGCCGUGGAGAUACCUGGUGCUGCAGCAGAGGAGACGGUGGCGGCCACUGUCGUGGCUGAUGUCAUAUCUUCGGUCUCCACGGAGAUGGCUGAAGUUCCGCCGACGAGCGCAGUGACCACAGAAUCGGCGGUCGACCAAGACCAGGCCGCUGUAGAGAGUUCAGACGCAGCUAUCACCAUCGCUACACAAACGUCGUUCGACGUUCCCGCACUGCCUGCAACUGCGAGCGCCCCAGUGACUGAAACGGGUGUACCAGACAAGCAGCCCGAGGAGGCUGCAGUCGCCGCAGAGCCCCCCAGUCAGGGGGAGGUCCCCGAGGGUAGCCCCACACCCGUGUCCCCUGCUCCGGCUGAGGCCUGUGUGGAUCCCCCUGCGGCCGAGGACAGCCAGGCCGAUGCUGAGGAGAGCGCUCAGGCCGUCUCUCAGGAGACCGUUGCCCUGGAGAUGAGCGUAGAUGCCACAGAGGAGAACGCCGUGCCUGAGAGUGAGCCUUCCUUGACCUCUGACCCUGCUGUGGCGGACAUCACUGCCAGUGAGCCUUUGCCAGUUGACACAGAGGUGGAGCUGAGUGCGGAUGCCGAGGAGGUUGCCCCCUGUACCAACUCCGUGCCCGUGGAAUCGGGGGCAGAAGAGUGCAUAGUAGUGGAAUGCAUUGACGACCGGUCACCAGCAGAGGUGGAGGCGUUGGUGGAUGAGGUGACCGUCGAACAGAACGACACCACUGAGGUCACGGAAAUCGAGCUUGGUGUGGACGACGGGGAGGCCGCCGUUGACCCGAGCGACACCGACGAGCCUCAGCCGGAGGCAGCUGAAGCGCAGGUGGAGGAGUCUGUCGAUGCCGAGUCCGCAGCGCCCAGCGCUGCUGACCCCAGAUCAGGUGAGGUGGAGGAAUGCGUAGACCCCAAGGAGAGCAGCACAGAGGAGACCGCGCCUGACUGUAGCGUAGAUCAACCCACAGCAGCUAGCCCUAAGGCCAGCGACGAGGCUCCUUCAGCUGGGGAGAGCAUCAGUCUCAUGGACAGCGUGAAGGAGAUCCGUGACCUGAUUGUGGAGGUCAUCGAGGUGGAGGAACCUGUACAGCAUUACCCACAAAGCCCCAGUCAAUAAGUCAAAAUGGCCUAAUAUGACUCAGCAAAAAAGAGUGAAUAACUGCAAGGCACUCACUGUUACAACAUAGUAAACCCUGGACCAAGCAUUCCUUUUGUCAUGGUUGUGGAUACCAAUUCAGCCUCCCCCACUGAUUCCUAUCUGGACUGACAAUGGCUAAUUGACCAGCUAUCGCACUACCAGUUAGUUCUGUUCCUUCUGAAAACUCAGUGUGUCUAGCCACCCAUGCCCCCCUGUUUAGAUCAGUGAGUAAAUACUGGUUCCGUAUCUGGAGUCAUAGAAUGUUUAAAUCAAAUCAAGCAUAUGGUUUGGCUUGUUUAGAUGCGAGAGGGAUAUUCAGAGGAUUUUAACUGAAUGUGCGUGGGAUCCGUAGGUAGUUUAAUUAGUCUGGUUAAUUCAUUUAUUUAAUUAUGAUAUGUGAGGAAUUUGUACAGACCAAGUGAUGCAUUAGGGUUUUAAAACCUCAAAAGCGUGUUGGAUUUCUACAGCUAAUUUGUCAUUAUGAAGGAAAGUGACCUUAAUCUUUGUGAAGAAAACACAACGCUUUCACAUCAUUUAUGUAGUCAUUCAUUGCCUGUUUUAAGGAAAUAUUUCAUUUUGUGGGUUUCAAUGUAAGAGAACGCUGCCUUAUGCUGCCCAAGGUAACACUAGAGCCUGUUUGGGAGUGUUAGAGACUCUGGUGUGGUUUUCGUUUUGUAUGCUUUAGAAUCUCCAGCAUUUGAAGAAUGGUGAGAUUCUACGUCUUGUGUUUCUGAUUUUUUUUUAUUGGAAAUGACUUUUCGUCAUACUGCAACUUAGACCAAAGCAUCUAUUGUAUUUGUAUUUUUUACAUGAAGUACAUGUUAUCAUCAACAGGUGAAGUGUGUGUGAAGUGUGAAGAUGUGUGGGAUCUUGUGUAGUUACAGUGAUAAGGUCUGUAAUGCUUGUACUGUACACUUGGUCUUCUGCUGCCUCCUAGAAUGACCUAACAGUGUGUGUGACUUUCCCUGCCGCGUUGAUUCACAAUGCACUUGACGACACGCCCUGGGCGGCCUAGCAUUCCACGGUAGAAAGCAACACACCUGGAAAACUUGGAGCCCGCCAUACCAGUCAUACCAGUCAUUCUGCAGAAUCCAGAGUCACCUUUCUUCAAACAGUGUGUGUGUGUAUGUGUGUGUGUGUGUGUGUGUGUGUGUGUGUGUGUGUGUGUGUGUGUGUGUGUGUGUGUGUGUGUGUGUGUGUGUGUCUUCUGCCCAAGAUGUGGACACAAGAUGUCCCAAAAGGUGUGAAAAUAGUGCUGGUCAGAUAAUAGUUUUAGUUUACACAGUCAUAGAGUUGCAGUGCUUUAAUAUAAUAUAAUUUCAUGUUGAAGUGGGUGGUUGAAACUAUGCAAUGAAAUCCUUCCCUCACCAGUUUGCUUCUGAGACAUGUCCUUAGCAAAGCACCAGCAUCCGGCCUUUACAACUGACCUCAGUUCAGGUUACCGUCCCUCAGUUUACCAUGUCCAUGUAAAAAGACAACAAACCAAAAUAAACACGUCACUGAAAA